GUCAUCUUUGAGCGACGCGCGGCUUUAACGUGUUCAUUGUGUGUGUGUGUACAGAGGAUCAGAACUGAGUUGUGUUACUGAGAGAGAUGGAUCUGCAGGUGUCUGUGGUUUUGCAAGUUCUGUCUCAGGCGAGUAGUCAGGACUCAACUCUGCUAAAGCCUGCAGAGGAACAGCUGAGAAACUGGGAGAACCAACCGGGGUUCUACUCCAUACUACAGUGUAUCUUUAAUAACCAUGUGCUGGAUGUGAACGUGCGCUGGCUCGCAGUGCUCUACUUCAAAAACGGCAUUGACCGCUAUUGGAGGAGGGGGGCGCCAAAUGCUAUCUCAGAGGAGGAGAAGUCAUGUCUGCGUGCAGGACUCAUCAGCAACUUUAAUGAGCCUGUCCAUCAGAUAGCCACUCAGAUUGCAGUAUUGAUAGCCAAGGUGGCGAGGUUAGACUGCCCCCGUCAGUGGCCUGAACUGGUCCCCGUGUUGCUGGAGGCCAUUAAACACCCAGACGAGCUCCAUCAGCACCGAGCGCUGCUCACACUCACACAUGUCAUCAAAACACUCGCCUCCAAACGCCUCAGUGCUGACAGAGCUUUGUUCCAACACUUGGCUUCCAACAUCUACAGCUUUGCCUGCUCUUUGUGGAGUCAUCACACAGACAUGUUCCUGCUGAAGAUACAGAGUGGAGAACCGCACACAGCACUUAGUGCACUUGAACACACGUUGCUGUCUCUGAAGGUGCUGCGUAAAUUGACGGUUAAUGGAUUUGUGGAACCUCAUCAGAACACGGAGUUGGUGGGUUUUCUUGGUGCAGUGUUCGAGAGGUUACGGCAGUUUUUAGAGUGUUGUGGUCAUGUGGGCGAAGCUCAUGCCUGCAGAGAGAAACUGGAGAAGAUCAUCAUCCUCUACACUAAAGUCUUCCUGGACUUCCUGGAGACCCACCCGCUCUCGUUUAUCCCCCUGAUCCAGCGCUCACUUGAGUUCUCUGUCUCCUACGUGUUCACUGAGCAGGGCGUCGGUCUCAUCUUCGAGCGCUUCAUCGUCCAGUGCAUGAACCUCAUCAAGAUGAUCAUCAAGAACGAUGCCUACAGACCGGCCAAGAACAUGGAGGACAGUAGAGCAGAGAGUCUGGAGGCACACAGGAUUAAGUCGUCUUUCUUCACACACUCCACUCUGACUGAGAUCUGUAAAAGACUCGUUUCCAAAUACUUCCUGUUAACACAGGAAGAGCUCAGCAUGUGGGAGGAAGAUCCUGAGAGCUUUGCCGUUGAAGAGACUGGAGGUGAUUCAUGGAAAUACAGUUUGCGUCCAUGUACAGAAGUUUUAUUCUUGGACCUUUUUCACAACUACAGUCAGACUCUGACUCCAGUGCUGCUGGACAUGGUACAGUCACUACAGGGUCUCAGUAAUGUUGAUGAUCCAGCACAGAUGCUGAUGAAGGAUUCAGUGUAUAAUGCAGUAGGCUUGGCGGCGUACGAGCUGUUUGACAGUGUGGACUUUGAUCAGUGGUUUAAGAACCAGCUGCUGAUGGAGCUUCAGUUUAACCACAUCAGGUAUAAGGUGAUUAGAAGGCGUGUGAUCUGGUUGGUUGGUCAGUGGAUCUCUGUGAAGUUUAAGCCGGAGUUGCGUCCAAUACUGUAUGAAAUCAUCCUGGGCCUUCUGCAGGACCCUGAUCUAGUGGUUCGUAUUGAAGCGGCAACAACACUGAAGCUCACUGUUGAUGACUUCGAGUUCAGAACAGAGCAGUUCCUACCAUACGUAGAGUCGAUCUUCUCCCUGUUGUUCCAGUUGUUACAGCAGGUUACAGAGUGUGACAGUAAAAUGCAAAUCCUCCAUGUUAUCUCCUGUGUUAUAGAGAGAGUGGGCAUGCAGAUACGUCCCCACGUUGGUUGCCUUGUUCAGUACCUUCCUUUGCUGUGGAAACAGUCUGAAGAACACAACAUGCUGCGCUGUGCUAUCCUCACUACACUUAUCCACCUCGUAAAGGGCCUGGGGGCAGAGAGCAGGAACCUGUAUGCAUUUCUGCUCCCUGUCAUUCAGCUGAGUACAGACGUGUCCCAACCUCCACAUGUCUACCUGCUGGAGGAUGGCUUGGAGCUGUGGUUGGUGACAUUAGAGAACAGUCCCACUUUAUCUUCUGAGCUGCACAGAAUUUUCAAGAACAUGUCAGCACUGCUGGAGAUGAGUACAGAGAACGUGCGGACGUGUUUUCAAAUCAUCAACUCCUACAUUUACCUGUCAGCCGACGACUUCCUGCAGAGUUAUGGUGAAGCUCUGUGCAGGUCUUUCUGUGAAUUCCUGAAGGACAUUACAGCUGAGGGGCAAGUGCAAGUGCUCAAGGUUGUGGAGAUUGCACUGAAAGCGAGUCCAGUUUUGGCAUCUCACAUAUUUCAUCCUCUCCUGCCGGCUGUGUUCAGUGGAGUGAUUGAAGGAGAGAGGUACCCUGUGGUGAUGUCAACGUAUCUGGGUAUAAUUGGUCGCAUCCUCCUGCAGAACUCCAGCUUCUUCUCUUCACUGCUUACACAGAUGGCCAUGGAGUUUAACCAGGAGCCAGAGCAGCUGUUGGGGAACCUGAUGGAGAUGUGGGUGGACAGGAUGGACAACAUCACACAGCCUGAGAGGAGGAAACUCUCAUCAUUAGCUCUGCUCUCAUUAUUACCUUCAGAUAACACUGUUGUACAGGAGAAGUUUUGUGGGAUUAUUAAUAUCUGUGUCGAGUCUUUACAUGAUGUUAUGACAGAAGAUUCAGAGACUGGGACCUUCAAAGACUGUAUGUUGAUGAGUGGAGUGGAGGAGCCAAAGUUCUCUGAUGAUGAAGAACCUCCCACUGAACAGGACAAGAGAAGGAAAGUGCUUGCUUUAGAAGACCCAGUACACACAGUGUCUCUGCAGCAGUGUGUGUAUGAGAAGCUAAAGCUGCAGCAGGGGCUGAUGGGAGAUCAGGGCUUCCAGUCUCUCAUGGAGACGGUGGACACAGAGAUCAUCCACCAGCUGCAGGCUUUCCUUCAGGGACUGUAACCAUAGCAACAUCACACUCAUGCAGUGUAACUCACACCAUUACCACAGGAACAUCAAAGCACCAUCACACAACAUCUGAUAAUAUCACACUGUGCCAAAUAUCACACACACACACACACACACAGUCCCACAUCACACACAAACACAUACACACACACACACACACAGUCCCACAUCACACACAAACACAUACACACACACAAA